AUGCCAAAGCUCCAAAAAAUCCAGCGGAUUUCUCAUGACAACAACAGCAACAAUCAUCAGCGCUGGAAGAUGGCGCAUUUCCAGGAAGACACCUCUCGCACAAAGAGGAGGAAAAUCGAUGUUGACUCUGCUGCUACGCAAAUGCCAUCUGUGACAAUCACUUCCCACACACAACUGCGUAAUCUCCUCGCCUUCCAGCAGAGUGCUUCCCAGGAAUUGAAACAGGGUGUUCGGUAUUUUAAGGACUUCCUCGCUUCAAUCAACGAAGCUGAGAAAGCUAACGAAAAGGCGAAAAAGCUUCGCAUUCUCAAAACUUAUUGCGAUUCCCAGCUUGUGAACACGGGCGAUGAGACCCAGGCGAGCUGCUUCCAUGAUUUGCUUCAAACAUGGAGCUUUGCAGAGAGCGAUAAUCACGAGCCUCUACUCUCAUUGAUCCCAUCAGUGCUGGCGCUUUUUUUGAAGACGAUUUCUAGCCAGUUAGACUUUAGGGAUUUCGGAUUGGUCCUGUGCAAGUUUUUAUUGCAAAAAGAGCAACUCAAGCUAUUUAACCGCGCAUUCACCGCAAGCAAGACCAAGGAGCAUUUGAUUUCUCCUUGCUUACGACUUCUUACGGAGGUUGUGGGCUUUGAUGGGGGUGCUGUUGCACGCCUUGUUUAUGGACGGCGAGAAAUCACGUUCAAACGACUUGACAUCUUCCUCAGUGUCCGAAAAUCCCCUGCAGAUCCAGAGUCUGAUGAUCGACAGAAGUCAACACUCCGUCGAAACGCCCAGCGUUAUUUGCUUGCUAACUUGAGUUUCCAAAACGCUACCGCGAAAGAAGACAUCAUCAGCCAAGGGAAACUCAUCCGUGCUUUCUUGGAAGAUGUGCGCAAGGAUUCUCGAGGCAUUGUUAUCGACAUUAUCCGGGCGAUUGACAAGCAUAUUGUUAGCGAUGCAUCUCUUUCCCGGAACGCUAAAAGCCGAUUCCUAAACCGUCAUAAUCUUGAGCGACUCGUAACUCUAUAUGGAUAUGAGAAGGAGUCCGAUGAACUUGUGCUUAACGAGGAAACUGUGCCAAAGGAAAUUCAUAAACUGUUGUUAGCUGUUUGCACGAACUCGGAGAAGGGGGUAUUGCUUCCCGAAACGGGAUGGUACCCUACUGGAAGUCAUCCUGAUGUAUUACCACCUGAUGAUGUUGGUGCAAUUCCCCUUGGGCUUGACUCACCCGUCCACUUUGGUCAAUAUAAAACUACAGUCCCGAUUCGCAACGGAAACCUAUCGACACUAAUCCGGUUUCUCCGCCCAGACUCAGAUACUUUGCAAAUGGAACUUCUAUUAAAAAUAUUCAAAGCUGCGCCUGAGCUAGUAUUUGAUUUCUUCUCAAAACGGACAAUGUUCACGUCUGAUCCUAAACCUACCCCAAACUGGUUAGGAGAGUCUGCUUUUCUUUUCUCGACAAUCAAACUUCCGAUUCCUGCGAAUUGCGGAUGGAAGGGCAGCCCAGUACUCGUGCCGCCGCCCGUAACUGUUGUGAUCGAGAGCAUACUUCCUCGACCCCUGACGCAGAAAACCUUGACAAGAUGUCUAAAUCAAAAUACAGACAUUAUUACUUUAUUCGCAGUUCGAACUGUCACUUUGGCUCUACGAAAGCUACAAAAUGUUCUUCGGAUGUUUAAUGCGGAUAGAAAAACUGGGCAAGAACUCUGGACCCAAGCUGCUGCAAAACUCGUUCGGGAGUUUUGCCGAAGAUCCCCUUCGAUAAAGGACGUCAUACUACUCUUCCGAAACACUGCAAAGGAUAACCUCCAGCAGCGACAUGCAGUGCUUGAACUGCUCUCCAUGUUUUAUCGAGUCAUUCCCACCGUUGCUCUAGAAGAGAAAUUUGAUAUUUCGUUGACCCUGGUGGAAGUUUUGAAACAGCUAAAUGACGGCCAAUCUGAGCCCGAAGAAAAAGAGCUGUUAUUCAGCCAGUUACAGAGCUUGUUGCUUAUUGCUCAGGAAUUACCCAUGAUGCGUUGGUGGCAGAAACCAGAAUCGCUCCAAUUUUCUGCCUUUGUCUCUGUUUUGCGAGUGCUUACCGAAAUGACCACUAUUCAAGCUCCCAUCCAGGACAUAAAAAGCCUGAUCCAAGAUGUAUUAAUCCAGAACUCUGUUAUUUUAGGCCCAGCUUCUUUUAACGCACUUCUAUUGAGUAUUGGCGUAUCCGAUAGGGCUGCUCUUAUAACAGAACUGUCGUUUCUAGACAACUGUAUUACAAGAUUGAUCAAGAAGCCUGUUUUUUACCUAGAUCUCGCCGAAUCCUUGGUUAGUAGCGGGCAAGAGAACCUCAGUCUUCUUGUUAGUGUUAUCAGUGAACAGUGGCCAUUCGUCAUCAAAAGCGGGCAGCCGGACAAGCAAACGGCAAUAUCGAGUUUGAUCUCCCGGCUUCUUGGACUAUUACACGUGGCUGGAGAGGACGAGGAAGCUUUGAUGAGGGUGUUUGAUUCGGUUAUCGAUAGUACGGAGAAUAGAAAAGCGCGGUCAGCUUUGAAAAACGCAUUUAAACACGCCAAAUUAGCAGUCGACAAGGAUGGAAAUGACCGUAAACUGAUUACGGCAGUUGUUUCUCCCACAUUCGAAUCUCAAGUUCAGAGACCCCGCGUCAAUCUGACUGAGAUAUUUGGGGAGCUUCCUGUUGAGAGCGAAUCGCAUCCAGUCCUGAAAUCGUCAGAGUACGAUGACAGCUAUCACGAGGAGGUAGGAUGGUUGCUAGGCUUGUUCAUUAAUGGACUGCGUACCAAGAAGGACAUGGACAUCUACCGACGUGCUAAUGUCUUCGAACGAGUCCUUUCACUCUACAACUCCCCGACUUUGCCUGAUUCCUUGCGAAGGAUGAUACUACAUCUCAUCUUCAGAGGAAGUCAGGUGGAUGGGAGCACUAUUCUAUUAACGCGAAAUGGGGCACUUAGCUGGAUCCAAGGCCAAGUAUCGGCGCACGAUGGCCAGAGCGAUAUUCUCCGGGAAAUUGCCAAUGAGUUGUACGAGAAGUGUGAUCACGAGUGGCUUGAUCGAUGGAGUGGAUCGUCUUUGCCACUGGUGAUAGCUCAGAUGUCUGCGGAGAACAAUUGA